GUGCAUUUGUUGUUGGAGCUUCACGUGGCGGGUUUGUUUGAAUCUUUGGUGUAGAUAUUUGUGCGUAGCUUUUUUGAAAAGAUGGAAGAAAGUUUUUAUAGUUACCUCUUUGAAGAUGAGUAUUCAGAGACUGAGGAUGAGGAAGAAAUUCUUAAUUUCCAAAAGAUUCCCCGGCAUAUAAGUCGGAAAAUCAAAAAAAAUGCAUGUGUUCCUCAAAUAACUGAGGAUACAUCUGAAAGUGAGGAAGACGAAAAUAUUCUUCCUUCAUCAAAGGUGGUUAUACGCCAUUUACCACCUGAGAUGACUGGAGAACUGUUUUUCCAGUUUGUCUCUCCUUUGCCUGCCCAUAACUACAAAUACUUUGUAGAGGCAAGCAAGGAAUUCAAAAACAUGUAUGGCACAGCAUACAUUAAUUUUAUGAACAGGGAUGAUGGAAUUUUGUUUAUGAAACAAUAUGAUGGUCAUAUCUUCCAUAGCAGCAGAGGGGCAGAAUAUAAAGCUAUUGUAGAGUUUGCUCCUUCUGCACAAGUUCCAAAAGAACAUUCCUCAAAUGAUUACAUUUGUGGAAAAAUUGACUAUGAUCCCGACUAUCUGGAGUUUUUAGAAAGCUUAAAGAUAAAAAAUGCAGAAAUAUCUAAAGAAGAGGAUGAAGUUCAGAAAGCUGCUUCCAGAACUUUUGAUCCAUUGGUUUAUUAUCUUAACACAAUGAGAAGUCAACAUGCUGCCAGAGGAGAAUUCAGACAUCCUCAGAAAUAUUAUCGAAAACACUGGCGACGAAACUACUGAUCAGUAGUGGGUUAUGGGGACACAUUACAUUCCUAAAUUUUCAAACUUUAUUUAAAGUAUUAUUGGAAAUAUUUUGAUUAUAUUUUUAACAUUAAAAAAUCACUUUAAUCAAAAAAUAUUUUUUUUUUCUUCAAUUUUGUAACUUAAGGGAAUUUUUUUUUUUUAAUCUUUUUAUUUUAUUUAUUUUUUUACUUCAGGUGAUCAUUAGGUUUAAUCUGUACAAUAGGGAUUUAAUAUAAAUAUAUGCAGUCAGUAUUUUUGUCAAACGAACUGAUUGCCAUAGGUGGCUAGUUGUAAAUACCACAUAAUUACAUGACUUUAAUUAAAUACAUGACUUUGAAAUUUUGACACAAUGAGUAGAAAUAAAAGUUGAAUAAAAUUAAUUAAUAAAAUAAAAUUUGAUGUUUUGACCAAUUUUCAGGUAAUGUGUCCCCUAACAUAUCGAUUGCCAGUAUAGCUAGUUUUUCAUGCAUUUUUAUAAUUGUCAUUUUUAUUGAGUGUAAAUAUUGUGAAUAUCUUAGUCGUCCUUCUUUUUGUUUUAUUUAUAAAAUAUUUUUUGCACAUGUUUUUCUAUUUUAUUUAAUGUAUAUAUAUUCAAUUGAAGAUCAAAUUGUAAAUUUAUUUUUGUGUCAUGCGCUCAAACUGUGAUCUUAUUUUUUGUAUUGUGUAUGCUCAAACUUGUGAGCUUAUUUUUAUAUCACGUGUGCUCAAAUUGUGAGCUUAUUUUUCUAUCUUAUGUUCUUUAAUUGUGAGCUUAUUUUUCUUUAUACUGUACUCAAAUUAUGA